AAUUCGACCGUUGGUGAAACAUUAUACCCUUCACUUCCCAGUUUGUACUGUUUUCAUAUUCAGACAGAACCAUUCUCGAACCAGAAAGAAAAAAAUGGUUAGUGAAGACCAAAAACGAAGCCCCAGAAACCAGAAGUACCCUGCAACUGAGGGAAAUGGCCAAAGCCAAAACCUUAACGAUGCCGUUUUCAGUCCGCGAUUCAAAUCUGCGGCAGCUAUGGCCGGCUGGGACGAAGAGGCACUGCUUCUCGCAAGCCUCGUCGUUGAAGACACACCCGAUAGAGAUUUCAAACACAAGAAGCGCUCUGUCUUGAACUCCAAGACUCCACCCACCAAUUCAAGAAGGAAACGCAGAGCACAGAGUUCUCCAGAAUCGAUACGAGUGGCUGUUCUUGAUCUUGACGAAGAAGACACUCCAAGAAAAGACAGUAAAGAAAAGACUAAAGAAAAGAAGGCCACUGUAAACGAAGAGAGUAAAGAAGGAGGGAAGGAAUCCACUAAGGAGAAAUCCGGUGUUGCUGCACUUCCCUGCAUUGAUAAGCUCAGAGACGAGCUUUCUUGCGCGAUUUGUUUGGAGAUAUGCUUUGAGCCAAGUACCACCCCUUGUGGUCACAGCUUUUGUAAAAAGUGCCUUCGAUCUGCUGCAGACAAAUGUGGCAAAAAAUGCCCAAAAUGCAGGCAAUUAAUAGGCAAUGGAAGAUCAUGCACUGUGAACACUGUUCUCUGGAAUACAAUACAGCUCCUGUUUCCCCAAGAAGUUGAGGCAAGGAAAGCGGCCGGCGCCAUAAAUAGCCGGCAACAAUCUAAGUGCCUGAGCCCAGAAGCAGCAUUUUACAACAAUCUAAGGAAUGAUGAAAGCACAACAACCAGAGUUGGUGUGAGUACAAGGAGAAGCGGCGGUAGGGCUGCCGCAAUAACUGAUCAGGAAGCAAGGCGUCUCCAAGGUGUGAGAUCAAGAAGAGGGAUUACUCCUGCUACACAAACUGAGGAUGCAGCAAUUGCCCUGAGGCUGCAGAGAGAGGAGUUUAUGCAUGCCUUUAGGGGAACACAGGAACAACACCAUUCCAGCAGAUCCUCAUCUGUGGAUUUAGCUAGAGAAAAUUUGAGGGCAAUGGCAUCUAGAGCCAUGACUCUUCGCAUUAGAGAUCGAAGAUUUUGAAAAAUAAAAUAGGGACCAGUAGCUGCUUCAGCUGCUCCUAAUUUGUAUUGUUUGUCGUUUUUUUAUGCAAAUUUUCUUUUUAUAUAUUUUUUUUCUCAAGAACUUUUGUUGUUGACAACAUAUAACAUAUAUGUCAAGGAACUUUGCCGUUGUUUUUAUCUG